AAGACAUCGAUUUGCGACCUGGUAGGGAUUCGGUCAGAGGGCGACGAUACUGGCGAGAUGGAAGAAACAUUGCGUACUGGUAGGAAAGAAAAGAAAAAGCAAACGUCUGGCAGGAGUUCCAGCACAGUAGAAAUGAAGACGGGAGAGAGCAGGUGGUGGCAAAGAGAGACGGUAACGCAAUCGACAGCGAAUUUACUUACAACUUUUUCUUACAUUGCAAAGAACGGCAAGGAACGUGCCAUUUCACUGAUUUCCUCAUCUCCGAGUAGUGCGAUC